CGCGAGAAAGGUCAAAUAAAUGUCCCACUUUGACCUGGGACCUUGAAAAUGAGUGCCGCUUUUUCUCUCCACCGUGAGCCCGAAACAACGCCUUUCCAUGACUUCGAAUCUCUUGGCAGGGUACAACAAUCUUCAAACUCAGAUAUUCGGCCCCCAAAUGAUCAGCCACGCUGAUAAGAUAAAUGACACCUUACCCCGCAGCGAUGUCAAGUCUCUCGAACUGUGUUUCAAUUCCAAAAUCCCAUUCCUCGACUUGUUCGAUCUAGACAUAACCCCGCCCCGUCCUACCAUCUAAGCCACUUACAUAGCGAGUCUCUCCUCAAGCUGCCUAAUAUGGCAACACAAGAAUCACCAGAGGAUGUCAACCAACUCUGGGAAUCCGCGCUUGCAGAGUACGCCAAAGACACGACGGGCAAAGACAAAGAUGCCAUUAACCUCGACGCCCUUCUCGGCCCUGGCAAAAGCCUCACCUCCCCGGACGAACUACUCGCGCAGAUCGAGGCAUCAGGCCAAUCACUCAAGGAUUUCCGGAGCAAGCGGGGAAAGCUGUGGGACACGCUCAAGCUCUUCGUCUCGCCGCUGGCUGCGGUGCUGAAAAUCGCCAUCACGCCCAGCUCGGUGGGGGAGUUUGGGAUUCCCGUUAGUGCUGUGCUGGGUGCUUGCUUGCAUUUAGUUUUGAGCUGCGAAAGAGUAUCCGAGGCAUUCGAUUGGAUUGAGCAAGUCUUCCAUGACAUGCGCGAGUUCUCCGAGCGCUUGGAAGUUUAUGCUCGGAGAAAGAUCGAUCCUCUACUAAAGAAGCAAGUUAUGGGCAUCUUAGCUUUUAUUCUCAAACUUAUCGGACGGUCAGAGUACUUGAUUAGAAAAGGCUAUUUUCGCGAGUAUCUUCGAGUUGCCUUCCUAGGCAAAGAUGAGAAGACUAAGAAACUUGUUGAAGAAGUAAACAAGCUCUUUGGCAGUGAGCAGAGGUUGGUGGUGGCCAUUACCGGUGACACUGCUUCCAGAAUUGAGGAAAAAGUUGAGGGCAACACUCGCAAGAUAGAGGAAAUUGGGGAGUCCAUGACCAAAGUUCUCGACACAUUGAAAGAGACUGAAGAGAAAGAGACUUCUGUGGAAAUUGAAGGCAGGCUCCGGCGUAUUUUCUGCAACACGUCUGCACCAGAAGAUGUAGAAGAUACAUACGUUCGAAACAGGGGCACUUUACUCCAUGGUACUGGAGCAUGGCUCAAAGACGAGGACCUCUUCAGAUCCUGGAUCGAACACACGGCCACAAUCCUCUGGAUCUUUGGCGGUCCCGGAGCAGGAAAAUCCUAUCUCUCAACAUGGAUCAUAAAACAACUACGCCAAGAAGACAUCCCCAAAGAACAGCGCAAAGCCGCAUAUAUAGCCUACUUCUUCGUGAAAGAAAACAACGAAGCCCUGCGCGAUGCGAACAAUAUCCUCAAGACUCUUGCUUGGCAACUCAUUUGGCAGGACCCGCACUUCAAACAACACGCUGGAGAAGUCUGCAAGCAGAGAGCGCUGACCAUCACUGCCAAGGAUACGUGGGAGAAUCUGUUCCUCGGCUACUAUUGCCGCGAAGAUGGACGUACUGAUGCCCCAUUUACCUCCAUCGUCAUCGAUGGUCUCGAUGAAGCGACCGCUGCGACCCAGCUCGUGCUUCUGCAGUUCCUGGCGGGCCUCGCCUCUGUCUCGAAGUCUUUCCGACCCAGAAUCCAGUUCGCGGUAGUGGGACGCACCACUCUCCAAGAAGAUGCCCAGAUCACACAGGAAAAGAUCUACUAUAUCCAGGUAACGAAGUUGAAGAACCAGGACGACAUCGAUAGCUAUAUCCGCAAGCGGCUGGAAGAUGUCGAGGUCCUGAAAGUGAUGCGGGAAAAGGGGCCGACGGGUUUAGAUGGAGCCAACAAGAUGGGUGCAAGAAUCAGAAAGAAAGUUCUCAACGGCGCAGAUGGUGUUUUCCUCUGGGCAAAGCUGCUCCUAGACACCAUCGUUCGGAAAGAUGUACCACAGAUAGAGCGGAUCCUGAAGGAGCCGCCCGGAAACCUCGAUGAUAUGAUCGCGUCGGUUUUUGAACGCCUGGCCAAGGAUGAGGAGAUUGACCACGCAGUGCUGAGAAAAAUGCUCGUGCUCAUGGCCUACGCCCAGCGACCGUUGAGGUUUGGCGAGUUGAAUCUCUUUCUGAGCCUGCCGAACAGAAAACCGCUCUUCUUGCUCUGGAAACAGACGAGGGGAAAGCUCUCGUCUGUAUUUCAAUUGAAAUUUCCAAAGAACUUCGACCCAGACGAAAAGACGAGUCGUAGCGAAGGCGAAAUAGGUGGUGAGGGUGCUGAACCAAACGAUGAAGACAGCGCUCACGGUGCCAAAGAAGAAACAGACAGUGGCCAUGAAGGACUCGGCGCGUUUGACUUCAGUGGCGACCGGGACGAUGAUGAUACCGAAAAUACCUCCGAUGAUGAUGAUAUCUUCAGCACCAUCGCUGAUCACAACCUGCAAAGCCAAAUAAAUAACGGGGAAGACGGAGAUGAAUUUAUACGUGAGCUUUCCGACGAACAGCUCCAAACAGAAAGCGUCAAGGACUAUCUGAAUGCAAUUAUGCAUCACCUUUCCGACCCACAGCUCCAAACAGAAAUAGCAUUCUCCCACGCGCGCAUCAAAGAUUACCUUGUUGGUGCUGCUCGUCCGGGAACACGACAAAUGCCUGGUUGUAUCGCGGUUCCUCAGGAGCAAAGGGCACACGUUGAGAUAGCCAUGAUCUGCCUCGAUGUAAUGCGACUGGAAAUCUCGCUGCAAGAUGAGCGUAAAUACCUGGUAGACUACCCUGCACGGUAUCUAAUGCUGCACUUGGAGAAGAUCGAUAGCGAGUGUGUAUUAGACGAGGACUUCGGUCGAAUAGUCAACGGACUCUACUGGCUCUUCGGGACUGAGACAGGUGCGAAGUGCUUGAUCAACGCCAACCAGGAGUAUGACGAUUUCCAUUCCAGCAAAGAUGCUUUCUUUCAGAUGUGGACUGCAACGGAUCAGUAUCUGCGCAUGGUACAGCGCUGGUUCGGUGAAGUCGAAAAGCGUGGUAUGGGACACCUCGAAGACGUGGACUCAACAGCGAGUACAUGGGCGAAGACUGCUGCUGGAAGCUUGAAAGACCUUCUCAAGCCUGCAAUGAUGGCGUCGAGCAGGAUUUGGCUGACGAAGCCGGGGUUUUCUCGCUCAGACUAUUCCGAUAAAGACGAGUUUGCCCUCUGGAUUUUGUACGGUUGGUCAUGUUUGGUCGAGACUGGCUCCGUAGCUAGCAUACAGCCGUGGAACUUUUGGGCUCUUUCACCAGAAAGCCUGGAGAACUUGGCGAAUUGGGCAGGACUCGAGCACGAUGUACACUGGCAUACGUGUCUCGGUUGGGCCAUGAUGGAUGGAGGCUUCUAUCUGGAAGCAAUCUCACAAUACAAUGAAGCGCUUGCUCAGUAUCCUCAAGCAUGGGUCGCGCUUGAAGGUCUCGCACGGUGCCACGGUGGUCUGAACGAGUACCAACUGGCCAUCGACGUGAUGAAGAAGGCCGUUGAAGCGAUUCCCGAGUCGUCCAAGUCCAUUAGCAGCUACCUAUACACACGCAUCAUGACCUGGGGAUCCCAGAUUGGUGACGAUGAGUUGGCCUAUGAAGCUGCGAUGAAAGGAAUCGAUGCUGACUCGUCAAAUCUUGACGCCCAGUUGAGGUUUUUCGAGGCUCUUCAUGCGCGAGGCGAGUCGGAGAGGAUUGUGAGGACUAUUCAGUGGCUCAAUGAUUUGACAAGCGUUAAUCAGGAUUACACCUGGCUCGUCCGCUUUCUCAUUUCGGGCAGAGAUGCUUUUGUAGAGAUGGGAAAAGCAUGUCGAGAAGAAGGCCGACCGGCGGAGAUAGUGGAGGCCAUGGAUGAGGCGCUGCGACAAAUUGAUCUGGUUGGUGAUCGGUGGAUGAAAGUCUGGCUGCCGCUGCAAGUGGCGGAAUUCCGCUACAAAUUCUACGGGCAAGAGGCAGAGUUCAUCAAAUCGGCAGAGAACUUUUUGGAGAGAUUGCGACGAGAGACGCCCAAAUUUCGAGCCGAUUAUAACGAUUUUGAGAUAAAUAGGAAACGAAUUACUAAUAAGCUGGCACAGCUCUAUUUCGACUUCGCAGUUGCUGCAUGGGACGAUGGGAAAGGGGUCGCCAAAGCAAGCGUCUUCGCUCAUAAGCUCAAAAUAUUAGCAGUAAGUGUCCCAACGAGUUUUGCGGAUUCUUACGAAGGAUUCGACUUUUUCCGUCCAGACUACCCUGCACUGCUCUGGGGUCGUUGGCAAAGAGACUAUAAGCACGCAGUGGAAAGAAUAUGGAGAAAAAGCUUCAGGGUAAGACUGCUCGAGGAGAUGAACAGUCUGGAUGAUGACGAUCCGACCAAUGAUGUGAGUGGGAUGGGUAGUCUGGCUAUCAGCUUGUUUCAUGCUGGUGACCGAAGAGAUGCCGCAGCGAUUUUGGCCAUUCUAUACAAGCCCCUGGAACAUUUGAUAGCCAAGACGAAGGUCGGGGGAGAGGAGGGGCCGGAAGAAGGAAAGGUUCUGGAAAAGGGAAAGGGGGAGACGGGAGUCAACGACCCACAAGCGCAAUUGGAGGCGCUAUCAGUCAAACAAGCUGGACGUGGUCUGCCUCUCGAAAUCAAGGACAGUUGGGGGUAUUUGUGCGACAAUUGCCGUCGCGAUGCGAGCGAGGCUGCAGAAAUGUAUUUCUGUGAGGUAUGUCACGACCUCAACUGGUGUGGCGAAUGCCUAGUCAAGGUGAGAGAUCCGAACAUUACGCCGGGAUUGAGAGAACACUGGUGUAAUCCGAACCAUGAUUUCUAUCGUGCGUGGCCGAUUCCAGACGAGGCGAGGGACUUGGCAGCAGAGUAUCUAGACGGGGCCAUUGAGUUAAGGAGGGAGUGGUUAGAGAGACUGAGGGGCGAAUGGUUGAGUGCUGGUGUAUGAAGUGAUAUCGAGUCGAUGAGUGAUUUCGUUAAUUCGAUAUCGAGAGAAGCACCAUAUGAAUGAGAUCCAUUGUGAGCGACCUUAUCUCGAGUAUCACCAUACUCAAUCAAGCAGUCAGCGAUCCGG